UCUUCUGUCUUCAAAAGAAUCAAAACAAAACAUUCAUCUGGCUCUGCCCGGCUUUUUUACGGUUAUACCCUUCUGGUUAUGAUAGCUCCCGGUCGGCGUGAACCGCAGAGCCGAAGCUCUUCCACAGCUCUCGGCUUUCCUCGCCUGAGAUAUGUCAGGUACCGCCGAUUGAGGUAAAACUCAGCCGAGCCAAAAGCCGCGGAAAGUACUGAAAUUCCAACUUUGCCCUCUCCCCCACCUUUUUUUUUUUUUACUCUCUCGAUUUUUUCUUGCUUGCUUUUUCCUGGGUUGUAAAAUCCAGUAAGGGAAGUUCCAUGCCAAGCCCUAAGGACCACAGGAAAGGUCAGAUCGAGAAUCACCGGAGAGAAAGGUUGGCUGAGAAAUCUUCAUCUUUCCACGGCCAUAGCACCAUGUCCUCCGCUGCCCAAAUCCGCCGUCCGAAGACCGUUCCUGACCUUCUCUCCUACAGAAACCAUGCCGGAACGCUGCCGGAGGGUCUGCCGAGACAGCCAUCGAAGUUGCUGCUGAAGGUGACGAUGAUGGGAAGCCUUGGACCUGUGCAGGUUCUGAUGAGGCCGGAAUCGACCGUCGGCGAUUUGGUUGCGGCGGCUGUGAGGCAGUACGUGAAGGAAGGUCGCCGUCCAAUCUUGCGGACCACCGUCGCCGCCGAUUUCGACCUCCAUUAUUCACAGUUUAGCCUAGAAAGUUUGUAUAGAGAGGAGAAGCUGAUAGAACUUGGAUCUAGAAACUUCUUUCUCUGCCCGAGAAAGCCUACUACUAUCACUGAAGGUGGCGCAACGACGUCGUAUGCGUCGUGUGCCAAAGAAGCCGACAAAGUGAGCGACGCUUGCCGUGGCGGUGGUGGUGGUUUUGCUUGGUUCAAGCUCAUGCACUUCAUGUUGUGAUCAUAGAAUCAAAAUAUGCUUUGAUUGGUUAGUUAUUGUUUAAAUAAUUCCCUUUUUAUUUUUUUAAGAUGAAUGGCCGGUUACAUGUAAAAAUAGGUCGGCAUGUAGCGACGGAGAGUUUGAGAUUUGUGGGAAUGCAAAGCAAAAUUGUAAAAAAUUCAAUGUAUGAUUUUUGAACACAUACAUGAUAAUGAUUUGGUCCAUCCUUUAUUUUCUUAUUUUUAUUUUAAA